AUGAUGCAGACGUGCAGCUUCGACAUUCCAAACGAUCUCUGUGGCUGGAGCUGGAUCCCAACAGCCUCUGGGGCCAAGUGGGUCCAGAAGAAGGGGCCUUCCGGGGUGCCGAACGUGGGGCCCGAGGAUGAUUUCUCUAGCCCUGGUAGUGGCUUCUACAUGCUCCUGGACCCCAAGAAUGCAAAACCGAGGCAGAAAUCUGUCCUCCUGAGCCCGCGGAGCCAUUCCUCUGGCUGUCUAAGCCUGUCCUUCCACUAUAUCCUCCGCGGACAGUCACCUGGUGCAGCCCUCACUGUCUCUGCUUCCGUCUUGGGCAGCAUCCGGAAACACACACUCUUCUCAGGACAACCUGGACCCAACUGGCAGCCUGUUUCUGUCAAUUAUACAGCCCAGGGACAAAUUCAGUUUACCCUGGUGGGUGUGUUUGGAGAGACCCCAGAGCCAGCUGUGGCAGUGGAUGCGAUCAGCACUGCUCCCUGUGGGGAGAGCUUUCCUCAGUGUGACUUCGAAGAUGAUGCCCAUCCCUUCUGUGACUGGGCCCAGGCAUCAGGGGAUGGCGGACACUGGACCCGUGCAAAUAAAACUAUGCACAUCCAGGGUACAGGUGCUUCUGGAGAAGGUCGCUAUAUUUACAUCGAGGCUGACAAGUUCUCUGAGGCGGGCCAGUCUUCCAGACUGGUGAGCCGGCCCUUCUGUGCCCCGGGUGCCAUCUGUGUGGAGUUUGCCUACCACAUGUAUGGCCUCGGAGAGGGCGCUAAGCUCAAUCUCCUGCUGGAGAGCCCUGCGGGCAGUUCCCCAUCUACUAUCUGGCAACGUGUUGGGUCUCAGAGUCCUGACUGGCUGAACGCCUCUGUCACCAUCCCUUUGGGGCAUCAACAGCCCAUGCAGCUGAUCUUAGAGGCCAUCAGGGGUACCAACACUGCCUUUGUUGUUGCUGUGGAUUUUAUCUUGAUCAAUCAUGAGACUUGUCGAGGAACAGUGCCAACAGAGCUUCCUUCCAAAUCUCCAGUUCCCCCUCCUGGCCCUUCUGAAACUCCUGUCUCCACAGGAAAACCUAUGACUCCCACAGAGAAAACUAUGGCCACCACAGAAGAACCCAUGCACUCCCUAGAAAAUUACACUAGCCCCAGUGAAAUAGCCACUGUCCCCACAGAAAGACCCAUGCCCCCCCCAGAAAAACACACUGUGCCCAAUGAAAUAACCACUGUCCCCACAGAAAAUACCAUGGCCCCCACAGAAAAACCCACUGUCCUCAGUGAAAUAGCCACUAUCUCCACAAAAAAUCCCAUGGUGCCCUCAGAAAUGUCCACUGUCUCCCCAGAAAGAUCUACCUUUCCCCCAGAACAAUCUACCUUUCCCACAGAAAAACUCACCAUCCCCACUCAAAAGCCCACCAUCCCCACAGAAGAGCCCACUAUUCCCACUGAAAAACCCAUUGUCCCUUCUGAGGAGACCACUGUCCCUCCCGGAGAGCCCACUGUCUUCACUGGAGAGUCUACCACCCCCACUGAAGAAUCCACUAUCUCUACUGAAGAGUCUGAUGUCCCCAUUGAAGAGACUUCUCUAAGCCUUGAAGAGCCCACUAUCUCCACAGAGGAGUCCACUGUCCCCAUUGAGGAGUCCACAGCCCCUCCUGAAGAGCCCACUGUCUCCACAGAAAAGCCCACUGUCCACACUGAAAGGACCACCAUCUCCACUGAAAGGACCACCAUCCCCACGGAAGAACCUACUAUCCCUGCAGAAAAACCCACAGUCCACACUGCAAGGACCACCAUCCACACAACCAUCCCCAUAGAAAAACCCACCAUGCCCACAGAAAAGCCUAUUGUCCACACUGAAAAGCCCAUGGUCCCCAUGGAAGGGACUACUGUUACCACAGAAAGACCUACAGUCCCCACGGAAAAACCCACCAUCGCUACCGAAGAGACCACUAUUCCCACAGAAAAACCCACCAUGCCCACAGAAAAGCCUGUUGUCCACACUGAAAAGCCCAUGGUCCCUGUGGAAGGGACUACUGUUACCACAGAAAGACCUACAGUCCCCACAGAAAAACCUACCAUCACUACCGAAGAGACCACUAUUCCCACAGAAAAACCCACCAUGCCCACAGAAAAACUCAUCAUGUCUACAGAAAAACCCACUAUCCUCACAGCAAAACUCAUCAUCCCCACUGAAAGGUCCACUGUCCCUACAGAAAAACUCACUGUCUCCACAGCUAAACCUACCAUCCUUACUGAAGAACCCACCAUCCCUACAGAAAAGCUUACUGUCCCAACAGCAAGACCCACCAUCCCCACUAAAAGGUCCACAGAAAAAACUACCAUCCCCACAGAAAAACCCACUAUCUCCACUGAAAAGACCACUGUCCCCACAGAAAAGCCCACUGCCCCCACUAAAAAGACCACAAUCCCCACAGAAAAACCCACUGUCCUCACUAAAGAGACCACCAUGCCCACAGAAAAGCCCAUCGUCCCUAUAGAAAAAACUACCAUCCCUGCAGAAAGACCCACUAUCCCCACCGAAGAGACCACUGAGUCCACAGAAAUAUGCACCAUCCCCACUGAAGAGACCACCGAGUCCACAGGAACAUGCACCAUCCCCACUUUAGAGCCUACUAUCCCUACUGAGAAGACCACUAUGCCCACAGAAAACUCUUCUGUCCCCACUAAAAGGCCUACCAUCCCCACAGAAAAACCCACUGUCCCUACUGAAAAUACCACCAACCCCACAGAAAAACCUAUCAUCCCCACUGAAAAGCCCACCAUCCCCACAGAAACACCCACUGUCCCCACUGAAAAGACUACCAUCCCCACAGAAAAUCCCACUGUCCCUACAGAAAAGCCUACUCCCCCGACUAAAAAGACUACUAUCCCCACUGAAAAGACUACCAUCCCCACAGAAAAGCCCACUGUCCGCACUGAAAAGACUACCAUCCCCACAGAAAAACCCACUGUCCCUACAGAAAAGCCCACUGUCCGCACUGAAAAGACUACCAUCCCCACAGAAAAACCCACUGUCCCUACAGAAAAGCCCACUGCCCCCACUAAAAAGACUACUAUCCCCACUGAAAAGACUACCAUCCCCACAGAAAAACCCACCAUCCCCACUGAAAAGACUACCAUCCCCACAGAAAAACCCACCAUCCCCAGUGAAAAGACUACCAUCCCCACAGAAAAGCCCACUGCCCCCACUAAAAAGACCACAGAAAAACCCACCAUCCCCACUGAAAAGACUACCAUCCCCACAGAAAAACCCACCGUCCCUACAGAAAAGCCUACUGCCCCCACUAAAAAGACCACCAUCCCCAUUGAAAAACCCACCAUCCCCACAGAAGCACCCACUGUCCCUACAGAAAAGCCCACUGCCUCCACUAAAAAGACCACCAUCCCCACUGAAAAAUCUACUGUCCCCACUAAAAAGCCCACAACUCCUACGACACCCCAGCCCAGACCAACACUUGUACCAAUUAGGCCAACAGUCUUGGUGAUGCCUCCUACGACUACCCCAAGUACCUCCAUGACCUCUACAACUCCUGGACAUACUCCAGCAAGGUGUCCGCCAAAUGCCCACUACGAGCCCUGCGCCUGCCCAGCAUCCUGCGAGAGACCCAAGCCCAUCUGUGGGCCCCUUUGCAAACCCGGCUGUGUCUGCAGUUCUGGCUUCUUGUUUCAUGAGUCCCGCUGCAUCAACGCCUCUUCCUGCAAUUGCUUCUACAACAACAAUUACUAUAAGCCUGGGGCGGAGUGGUUCAGCUCCAACUGCACAGAACGUUGCCGCUGCAGGCCUGGCAAGCGCAUGGAGUGUAACUUCUCCCAGUGCGGGCCGCACACAGUGUGUCAGCUGAAGAAUGGCCAGUACGGAUGCCAACCCUAUGGCGCUGCCCACUGGCUCCCCUCCGCAGGCACUGCCACCUGCACUGUGUACGGGGACCCUCACCAAAUCACCUUUGAUGGGAGACACUUCAGCUUCAUGGGCAAAUGCACCUACAUCUUGGCCCAACCCUGCGGCAACUCGACAGAGCCGUUCUUCAGGGUGGUGGCGAAGAAUGAGGGCCGGGGACAAGAAAGCAUGUCCAUCCUGAGCAAAAUCUACGUGACGCUGCCCAAGGUCACCAUCACGCUGCUUGGGGGCAGGCGCGUGCUGGUUGGGAGUCGGCAAGUCACCCUCCCCGCCAUAGCUUCGAAAGGCGUCUUCUUGGCUUUAAGCGGGCGGUUUGUGGAGCUGCAGACGGUGUUCGGUUUGCGGGUGAGAUGGGACGGUGACCAGCAGCUGUAUUUGAGUGUGCCCAGCACCUACUCCAGGAAACUCUGUGGCUUCUGUGGCAACUACGACGGGGACAGUAGCAAUGACAACCGGAAGCCAGAUGGCAGCCCGGCGCAGGACAUGGAGGAGCUGGGCAACAGCUGGCAGACAGAGGACAAGGACAAGGAGUGCCAGAAGAACCCGGCAAAUCCUCCGUCUUGCAACCAGAACUUUCUGAACAGCCUGUCGGCAUUACAGUUCUGCGGACGGCUCAUGGAUGCCCGCGGAACCUUCGAGGCGUGUCUGCCUCACCUCAAGGCCUCUCUGUUCUUCAAGAACUGCGUGUCCGACAUGUGCAAAUUCCAGCGGCUGGAAUCAGGGCUGUGUACCCACAUGGCAGCCUUGACCGAGAUCUGCCAGGACGCUGGCUACACGGUGAAGCCUUGGAGGCGACCCCAGUUCUGCCCUCUGACCUGCCCACCCAACAGCAGGUACCGUCUGUGCGCCCCGCGGUGCCCCGCCACCUGCUUUCCCAGCUUCCUGGGCAUGUCCUGUAAGAACCGCUGCGUGGAGGGCUGCGAGUGCAACCCGGGCUUCGUGCUCAGCGGUCUCCAGUGCAUCCCCCAGUCCCAGUGCGGGUGUCUCGAGCCCACGGUGGGCUACUUCAAGAUAGGGGAGCAGUGGUUCAAGCCCGGCUGCCAGCAGCACUGCACCUGUGAGAGCAACAAUAGGGUUCGCUGUGUGCAGUGGAGGUGCCAGGCCCAAGAGGUCUGUCGCCAGCAGGACGGCAUCUAUAGCUGUCAUGCCCGCGGGGCCGCCACCUGCAGUGUCUCAGGGGACCCCCACUACCUGACCUUCGACGGAGCCCUGACCCACGUCACGGGCACCUGCACCUACGUCCUGACCCAACUUUGCCAGUCGAGGUCGCUAGAGAGCCACUUUGUCGUGAGCACCACCCAUGAGUUUCGCGGAGGGAACCUGGAGGCCGCCUACGUCAGAGCCGUCCACGUGCAGGUGUUCAACCUGAGAAUCUCACUGAUCAAAGGCCACAAGGUCGUGCUGAAUGGCCGCCGGGUGGCCCUACCUCUGUGGCCUGCGCAAGGCCGGGUGAGCAUAAGGCCCAGUGGCUCCUUUAUCCUUCUCUACACGGACUUCGGGCUUCAAGUUCGCUAUGAUGGGAGCCACCUGGUCGAAGUGACGGUGCCGUCUUCCUACUCCGGCCGCCUCUGCGGGUUGUGUGGCAACUACAACAACAAUAGCCUGGAUGACAGUCUGCUCCCCAACAAAACGCUUGUGGCCGGCUCUGACCAUCUGGGGGUCGCCUGGAAGUUACCAGAGUACUCUGAACCGGGCUGCUUUGUUGAGGGGGCCAAGCCCUCCCGAUGCCUGGGGGACAAAGAAGCAAACAUCUGGAAAAAGAAUUGUGAUAUCUUAACGAACCCUCUGGGACCCUUCUCCCGGUGCCAUGGGGUGGUGCCCCCCCAGUCCAGCUUCGCCAGCUGUGUGUAUGGUCAGUGUGGGACCAAAGGGGACACCCUGGCCCUGUGCCGGUCCCUGCAGGCCUACGCAUCCCUGUGCUCGCACGCCGGCCAGGCCCUCACCUGGCGAAACAGCACCUUCUGCCCGCUGAAGUGUUCCCCCGGCAGCAGCUACCACCCCUGUGCCAACCCCUGCCCGGCCACCUGCCUCAGCCGGAACACCGCAAGAGACUGCCCCAUGGAGCUGCCCUGCACGGAGGGCUGUGAGUGCCGGCAAGGCCACGUCCUGAGCAGAACCUCCUGUGUGCCCUUCAGCCAGUGUGGCUGCGUCCACCAGGACGGUUCCUACCACCCGGUCGGGGAGAGCUGGUACCCAGACAACACGUGUUCCAGGCUCUGCACCUGUUCCACGCACAGCAACAUCUCGUGCCGCCAGAGUACCUGCAAGCCAGGCCAGCUGUGCCGGCCCCUGGACGGCCUGCUGCGCUGCCGAACCUCAGGCGUGGGAGUGUGUCGCACCUCGGACCGCUCCCCGUACGUGACGUUCGAUGGCAUUCUCCAUACCAUCCAAAACACCUGCACUUACGUCCUGCUGAAAGUGUGCCACUCCACCUUGGACCUGCCUUUCUUCAAGAUCAGCGGCAAGCACGGGAAGCGGAGAGGCCGCUCGGCUGCCUUCUACCUCUACCGGCUCCAUAUCGACAUCUCUGACACCCGGGUCACCUUGGGAGAGGGCCACCGCGUGCUGAUCAACGGUACGCAGGCCACCCUUCCCUUAACCCGCCAGAUCCGGGGGGUCAAAAUCACGGCCAGUGGCGUCUACACCGUGCUCAGUGUCAACAUCGGGCUGCAGGUCAAGUUUGAUGGCAAGGGCUUCUUGGAGGUCCAGCUCCCUGCAGCCUACUACCAAAAGGUCUGUGGCUUGUGCGGGAACUUCAAUGACGAGGACGAAGAUGAGCUCAUGAUGCCCAGCGAUGAACUAGCCCAGAAUGACACCGAACUGGUGGACAGUUGGCAAGAUAGGGAGUCUGACCCCAAAUGCCAACCAGAUGACCAGACGGUCCAAGCAGAGAUGAAGGAGAAGUCAGAUACAAACUGCAGGUUGGCUGACCUGGUCAGAGCCCAGGAGCGGUGCCAGACAGCCUUGCGGGCUCCAGCCUGGGCGAAGUGUGCCAGCCACGUCGUCCUCGGGCCCUUCCUGCUCAACUGUACCAACAGCCUCUGUCAGGGGGGUGGAAGGCUGAGCCGCGCCCUCUGUGAAUCUUUGGAAACCUUCGGGGCCGCCUGCCGGGCCAAAGGCCUCAACCCCCCGAUCUGGAGAAACAGCAGCUUCUGCCCUCUGGAAUGUCCUGCCCACAGCAGCUACUCUACCUGCCUUCCCUCCUGCCCACCUUCCUGCUUGGACCUGACGGGCCAGUGCAGUGGCCCCAAAGUCCCCUCCACCUGCAAGGAAGGCUGCCUUUGCUUGCCCGGCUACGUGCUCAGUGGGCAGCGGUGUGUGACCAGGAGUCAGUGUGGUUGCAUCAACGACUACGGCAGCUCCUUCCCCGAGGGUAAGACCUGGAUAUCCAUUCGCUGCACCAGGAGCUGUGUCUGCACCUUGGGGACCAUCCACUGCCAGCCCUUCAGUUGCCCCCCUGGCUCCCACUGCGAGCCCAAGGCCGGGGGCACUGGCAGCUGUGAAAUUAACAAGUCGGACCAAUGCUCCAUUUACGGGGACCCCCAUUACCGUACCUUUGAUGGCCUCAGCUACCUCUUCCGCGGCCGCAUGACCUACACGCUGAUAAAGGCCAUCGGCGUGCUCCCUGCUGGGGUGGUGCCUUUGGUCGUGGAAGGGCGCAACAAAGUGUAUUCAUCCUGGAGCCCUAUCUACCUGCACGAGAUCAUCGUAAUGGUCUACGGCUACACAGUCCAGCUCAAGGCUCAUCUGGAGCUGGUGGUCAACAACCAGAGGACGGCCAUCCCCUACAAGCCCAGCGACCGGCUGCAGGUCGCCCUGCGGGGCCAUCGCCUGUAUCUGAUCACCGACUUUGAGAUGGUUGUCACCUUCGAUGGAGGCAAAAACGCAGUGAUCACGCUGCCCAACAAGUAUAAGGGGCUCGUGCGUGGCCUGUGCGGGAACUUCGACGGGAACAAGAGUAAUGACUUUAUCCUGCCCAAUGGCACCAUCACCCAGAACCUGGUCACCUUCGGCAACAGCUGGGAGGUGCAGAGGAUCAUGGGAGUUGACCUCGCCCGCGUCUCAAGGGCCAUACGAGAGGAGGAAGAGGAGGAGAAGAAGGAGUCAGGCUUCCAUGUGUCAGAAUGCAGCGCAGAGCAGCUGGAGCUCAUCAACAGCACCCAGGCGUGCAGGGUGCUGGGGGACCCCCAGGGCCCCUUUGCUGCCUGUCACCAGACUGUGGCUCCUGAGCCCUUCCAGGAGCACUGUGUGUUUGAUCUGUGUGCCGCCCGGAACCCCAGAGAGCAGGAGGAACUGCGAUGCCAGGUCCUCAGCGGGUACGCCAUCAUCUGCCAGGAGGCGGGCGCCGCCCUGGCCAGCUGGCGGGACCACACCCGCUGCGCCUUGGCGUGUCCGGCCAACACUGUCUAUCGGAGCUGUAUGACCCCCUGCCCAGCCUCCUGUGCCCACCUGGCGGCCCCUAAGGACUGCAAGGGCCCCUGCGUGGAGGGCUGUGCCAGCCUCCCGGGCUACGUCUACAGCGGUGCCCAGAGCCUCCCCCUGGCCCACUGUGGCUGCACCAGCAACGGAGUCUACUACCAGGUCCGCAUGGGGAGGGGGAGGCCCUGCGGACAGGAGAGUCCGAGGAGGGAGGAAAGCCAGACUGCCUCCUCCGGGCCCUUUUCCCCUCUGCAGCGGGGUGACAGCUUUGUGACUGAGGAUUGCUCUCAGCGCUGCACCUGUGCCCGUUCUGGGGCGCUGCUGUGUGAGCCCCUCAGCUGCCGUGCUGGGGAGAUCUGCACCCUGGCGAACCUCACUCGUGGUUGCUUCCGAGAAAGCCCGUGUCUGCAGAACCCGUGUCAGAAUGAUGGGCGGUGCUGGGAGCAGGGAACCCAUUUCACCUGUGAGUGCGAACUUGGUUAUGGGGGACACCUCUGCACAGAGCCUUGGGAUGGGCCAGCCCCUGGAAAGCCAGAGGCAUCCAACUUUGUGGCCAUCCUGUUGGGGAUGCUUGUGCCUGUGGUGGUCCUGGUGCCCGCAGUGACCAGAGGAUGUCUUUCCAGGAAGGGGAGGAGGAGGAGGGAGAAAAUGCGGAGCCAGAACAGAGCCAGGCUGGCAGACGCUGAUUUUGUUCCAGACCGUGUCGUUCAAGUUCCUCAGUUUUGAGUUGUCCUCAAAAAAGGAGAGAGAAAAUAAAAUUUAUUUUU